AUGGAUUAUUCUCGUUUUGAGAAACUCCCUUAUCCUAUAAAGCUCAAGCAACAGGCACAGAAGCAACAAUAUGCCAGGUUUUUAGAUAUGUUUAAAAAGUUGCAUAUUAAUAUUCUCUUUGCCGAAGCUUUAGCUAAUAUGCCUAACUAUGCUAAAUUCUUGAAAGAUUUGUUGUCUAGAAAGCAUAGGUUGCAGGAAUGUGAGACAGUAGCACUUACUGAAGAGUGUAGUGCUAUUAUACAGAAGAAGUUCCCACCAAAGCUUCGAGAUCCUGGGAGUUUCAACAUUCCAAUUGCGCUAGGCAACACUAAUCCAAACAUGGUCUCUCUACAGCUUGCUGACCGUUCCUUGAGGAAACCUCAUGGAGUCAUAGAGGAUGUCCUUGUUAAAGCUGACAAGUUCAUCUUCCCUGCUGAUUUCAUUGUGUUGGACAUGGAGGAGGAGAGUGAAAUACCCCUUAUAUUGGGUAGACCGUUCUUGGCCACAGCUUGA